AUGUGCGCAAGUACAGAGUGUAUCCAGCGAUUGACAGGAUGCUGCUACCAGCGCCACUUCACGUGCAUAUACAAUGACCGCGACGCGACGUCUCCUCCAACUGGUCCGCCCCUGAAGAAAAGGGAGAUUGACGACGGCACCCACGCACACAGUCCGGGAAGCCAAGACCAGAGCGAUGGCUCAACCUCUGCCACACCAACUCAUGGACAAGCUGCAAUAUCGCCAGCCCUGGGCCAGGGGACUGUCUCUUCCUUUCCUCGUGCGCGGAUGAGCUUCACUGGUUCGGAGGGAGCUGGCUAUGCUGCUAGGAAUGGCUUGAAGCGCGAGAAGCUUCCAAAGUCAGCCGUCGAGCCCAACGAUGCUAUCGAGGCAGCUGCAAGAUCUUUGCAGCAAUUCGCUGCGGGCACGGAAGAGCGUUCCAAUGUUGCCCCUAUUCCGCAAACGAACCCCAGCAGCGGCCCAGAAGAGGAGGCAGAGGUGUACUCUCAGACCCGCAUGUUACAAGACCCAACGGGCCGACUAUUGUACGUGGGUGACUCUGCAUCGCUUUCUUUCCUGCAACUGCUUCGGAUGAUGGUCGAGAGCGUUUCUGGUCCGUCGAACUUCACAAACGACCCGAUGAGACACAAGAUUGCCGAAAGCCAACUGUCAGUACCGCACGAUGCUCGUCGCACGCAUCUCCUUCCCGAUAAGGCAACAGCAUAUAUACUAGCUGACGCCUUCUUCAUCAACACACACGGACUCGUCCAAAUAUUUGAGCGGCAAGCCUUCUUGUUAGCCCUGGAGACCUGCUAUCUUGACCCAUUAUCAACGGAUCCAUCCUGGCUAUGCUUGCUGAACUUAGUAUUUGCAAUUGGACUUAUGCUCGCCACGCCCAGACUUGGGACGAACGAGUCCGCGGUAAUCACCAAGCUUCGCAAUGAACCUACGGACAGGGCGGAGAUAUUUUACUUGAACGCCAAAAGUUUGAAUGAUCCAAUGACAGGCUUUGAGGAUGCGGACUUCUGGUCCGUCCAGGCUUUACUUCUAAUGGCCAUCUUCAUGCUUGCAAAGUCGAAAAGGAACACAGCCUUCGCCUUACUCGGUAUGGCCGUGCGUUCGGCGUACGCACUUGGUCUCCAUCGUGAGGAGACGUUAGUGAUUUUCCGCCCAGAGGAGCAAACUGCUCGUCGCAAUCUUUGGCGAUCUCUAUUCGUGAUCGACCGCUUUCUAUCUUGCUCGCUAGGUAGACCGACAGCAAUAUCAGAAGAGGAUUGCAGCGGUGAUGCUCUGCGGCCGCCUGAGCCGAGAGACGAUAGCGACACAUAUGGUUUCAAUGCUGCUCUCCCAGCUAACGCAAGCUUUAGCCAGACAGGCGGAUAUGCCUUGGAAGCUGCUGUUCGCAGCUGCUCGGUCAUUGGAGUAAUCCUCAAGAGAGUAUACCAGCAGCGAAAGAUAAGCACGAGGCUAGCGCAAGAGAUUGCCGACGUUUGCAAGCUCUGGCCGAAGGCUCUCGCACCGACGCUUCACUGGCGUCAAGCCACCAACGCAAGCCCCAGCCAAGGUAUAGCGAUAUUGCACGUCAAUCUGUUCUACUGUCACUCUAUUGUACUCCUAACCAGGCCUUUCUUCCUUUUUGUGCUGAACUCCGAGAUCCAGAAGGACGCUACCUUGAGCUCCACAGGGAUCCGUCCAGGUCGUAACUUUGCUCGUAUGGAGAAGUUCAGCGAAGCCUGCGUCAUAGCCUCUACUCAUACUAUUGUGCUCGUUCAAAACGCGUUUGAAGCUGGAUACCUCCCGAGACGAAAUCCCGGCGUCAUUUACUUCCUCUUCGCUGGAGCCCUCGUCCUCUUGGCGAACGAAUUUGCAGCGCUGUAUGUCAACAUUGCUGCUGACCAAUGUAUUCGGAACGCCAUUGCGGUAACGGCUUACUGUGCAGAGCUGGAUCCGACAGCAAAGCGUCUUUUGCAUAUCUUGACUGCGUUUCGAGACGUUGUGCAACAUCAGCGGGAGCGGAGGAGUGAACAACAGCAGUUGCAGGCGGGGGCUGUCUCUUCGAUUGGGCACCCGCAUCGGCCAGUGUUCUACAGUAUGCCGCAACAGUACGAUGCCAUUCCUACAGCUACAAAAUUUCCUCAAGAGCAACAACGCCACCAGCCGGCCGCUGCCGCGAUGACCGAAACGGCACCGCGGCAAUCCUCAUCCCUCUACCUGAACCACAGCCAACGGCUGGCGGUCAAAUCCAUACCCCCAGUAGGGCAACAACACAUGCAUCAUCAGCAAAGAAGCUUUGAAGUCCCAACGACAUCAGACGCCUUUGCGACGAGUACCACCGCUGUACCUCUAACGUCCGCCCUCCACGAUCCUACUCUUCUUUCACCCAGCGCAACCGUCACGACACCCCUUCCCCAAGCGAACCUGUCUCCCGGCUUCGUACAGGACACCGGCCGACCCAUUCUAGACCGGCCCUCCUCACUGUCGAAUCUGCUGGAUCUGUCCGCAUUGGACUCAGCCUUUACUCGAGUUCCCUCGCUGCAUAGCGAGGACUCGUCUGGACAGGACGAGCACUUCGACUUCGAUGCGCUCUGGGCGUGGCCGUCUAAUACGCCCGCUGUGGGCAGCCCUAGAUUUGCGGGGGUUAAUGGUGAUGUGCAGGGAAUUAGCGAUAGCACGGUACCCCUUUUUGGGGUUGUGGAUCGAUAG